AUGUCGCAUUUCCAAGCAUUCACCACCUUGCCCUCUCGUCUUUCUUUGCUGCCGUCUUUGCUGGCGGGCAUCAUUCCACGCACACCAACGGUCCAAUGUCAGCUACUGCUCCUGCUCCUGCUCCUGCUCCUGCUCCUGCUCCUUCUGCGUCUGGGUCAGGAGCUGCUGCCAGCGCUUCAGCCAACCAAGACAAGAAGCGCAGACGACCACCCCACAGUCACACUCACAAAAGUGACAAGGACAAGGAUGCGAAGGGCAAAGGUGCAAGUGUAGCGGACAGGUCGGAGCUGUUGGAAGCUGGGCAUAGGGCAGCACCUCUAAAGGAGGAGGAGACGACGACGAAGGAAGGUAAGCAUCGAAGGGGCGAAAAGACGAGCAAGAGCAAGCAGCACGACUCGCACAACAAGCUCCCUCUCUCCAACUCGGCAGCCCCAAAGGCAGAACCGCGAGCCUUGUCUCCUCAACUCGCAUCCCAAGUGCAAUCAUUACUUCAGCCUGCAUCUGCUCCGACCAACCCGAACGCGCAAAGCGCUCCCAAUUCCAAUCACACCUCCAAAUCAAAGUCCAAAUCGAAAUCAUCGUCCAAAUCCAAGUCCAAAAGGGACAAAGAUAAGGACAAGGACAAAGAUCGCGCAUCUCGCUCCAAAGUUCCUUUACAAAAGCUAAAGGUGAUUGUUAGGAGGCUGCCACCUAAUCUUCCCGAGGAAAUCUUUUGGAAUGUGGUCAGACCUUGGGUGAGGGACUUGGAGGAUGUACAGGCUGUCAAUAGUCAGACGAGCGCAGAAGCGGGACAGAUGCACACGCCGCUGCAACAGACGAUCGAGUGGAAGCGUUUUGUCGAGGGCAAGAUCAAGGAGAGGUGAGUGCAGGCGUGCGGGCGUGCUCGAACACGUGCGAGGGUCGCAAAACACCAAAAUAGAGCGCGAAAGCGCCGUGAUCACUUGGGCCGAUUCGACAUUGGAGGAUUGCACGCUUGUACGAUUCAUUGUAGCUGACGACUGCCACUCCUUGUUCACUCUAGUCGUCAAGGCACUCUGAAUGACGCUCGCACCGUCCAACAUCGACACUCCCGCGCAUACAUUCGCUUCACUUCCCUCGAAGCCCUCAUCGAGUUUCAUCGCAAUUUCGAUGGUCACGGUUUUAGGGACUCUAAAGGUGCGCACAGGCCUCCUCUCCUUUUCUCCAAUACGCCACCAUCCACUUUGCUCCUCCUUGCUCACUUUCCGCUAAGCCGCGCUCCGUCCGAUGCACACUAGGCAACGAAUACACUGCGAUUGUGGAAUUCGCACCAAAUCAAAAAGUGCCUGGCAUGGAAAAGGCUCAAAAGGCGGACGCGAGGGUGGGAACGAUCGACGAGGGUGCGUUUUAGGAAGCUACCGAGCUGGGCGCAUUGGACCCAGUUGGCUGAAUGGAUCGCCUUCGAGUUCAUGAUUGCCUCUGCAGAUGCAACGUAUCUAGGCUUCAUUGCUGCUUUAGAGAAUCCGGAAGCGGCAGGAGCAGGUGAAGCUGCAGACAAAGAAAAUCAGCAGGGUGAGUCGCGCGUAUGUGAUGUUUCCUGUCUGCCCACGCAAUUUUCACGCAUUGCAAAUCUCCGACAGGUGCAUCGACCGUUCUGUCGGGCGAAGCCUUGCAGUCCAAAUCGUCCAGCGCCGGUGCAAACGUCAAAAAGACGACUCCGCUAUUGGAUCAUUUGCGAGCACAACAAGCCUCCGCCGCAGCAGCAGCAGCAGCUGCCGCUGCUGCCUCUUCCAAAAAGUCAAAGUCUCAAGCGCACGCUUCUUUUUCCUCUUCUGGACACGCGCCUUCGUCGAGCCAGAACAAAUUGGACACGCCGAAGGGUCCAAAGAAAUCGAAGAAGGAAGCGGCGGCACAUUCCAGCUCUAGUCCGAUACCCUCGAGCGUCGGCUCGACACCCAAGAAAGACAAAUCAAAGACGAUCAGCAAGGCACAAGCGCAGAGUCCAUCUCGAACAAAGGAUGAAACUCAACAAGCGCCACCGACGGGUCCGAAAGCUGAUGCAGGGCGUUCCAAAAAGAAGGACAAGCACGUCGCUCCGAUCACGGCUGAUGGACCUUUCGAAGCGCAAGCGACCCCGACGGGACCCAAGGCGCUCGCGGCGAAAUCUGGCAAAGCUCAGCAUGCUGCUAAACAGAAGGCACAAGGUCAAGGUGUGCCGUAUGCGCAGGGAGGAGAAAAAAAGGCAAAGAAUGGAGCGAAGGCUCAGCGUGGGCAGGAACCAGGACGCAGAGGAGGGACAUUGGACGCGGGACAAGCGCCCUCUGCGCCGAUGGGACCUCUGGCUAUUUUGAAAAGACGGACGGAAGACAAGGAAUGA